AUGUCUACCAGCAACAGUAGUUCAGUGCCCAGCGAAUACAGCAAACAAGAAAUUCGCGCCGUUAUCAUACACAGUAUCUUCGAUGAACAGACGGACUUUAGGCCCACUCCGGAAAAUGUCAACUCUUGGGCUUCAAGGAUGAAGAACAUAAAGAAACAUAAGAACGACUCACGGUCUGGGAUGGAUUAUGACACUAUGUUUGAAGCUAUCGAGAAAGGUACGUCAGAGUACUGGUUUACGGCUUUUGGUGAGGAUGAUAUACAGCGGCGGAUACUUUUCAUUGAAAUAUUGAGUGAAGACUGGCAUGGGUUGAAGGCUUCCAAACGCCUCCCCAAAAACGAGGCAAUCUACACCAAAAGUAUGGGGGCAUUACACAACUGUUUUGAGGCUGUUCGGGCUUAUAAAACAAAGCUCAGUGCAGAUGAUCUAGGUGAACUCCUUACUUUGGCGAAAGACUCUUCCAUCGCGAAAAUUAUCGAAACCUCUCAAGAAGCUGAAGAAGCUGAAGAGGCUUAG